AUGGCUCAACAUUCACAAAAUUUCCUACCAAAAAUGGAAUUGAAACUUUCACCGGCGACAUCUCAACAAUCUUCAAGUGAGCCGAUUUCCAAUGCACUCGGACCCUUGCAAUUUAAAAGCGAAGAUGAAGAUGAGAAAAGUAUUGUUUGUCGACGCCGGAAUGGUAAACGACAGGAGAAACCACCGUAUUCCUACAUUGCCCUUAUUGCUAUGGCAAUACAUGCAAAACCGGACCGGAAAGCGACACUGACUGAGAUUUACACUUUCCUUCAGAGUAACUUCGACUUCUUCAGAGGAGAAUAUAAUGGUUGGAAGAAUUCCAUCAGACAUAAUCUAUCACUCAAUGAAUGUUUCAUUAAAUUACCAAAAAGUUCUGGUGGUCGAAGUGGCAAAGGGCAUCAAUGGACUAUUGACCAAAACUGCGAAUUCCUCUUUGAAGAGGGUUCAUAUCGAAGACGACCACGAGGUUACAAAGCUCGUGUACGAAAUUGUGACUUUACUAAUGAACAGUUGGAACCGAUGUUUGUUGAGGCUAAUACAGUGCCUAUUAAUAGCAAUGUUGUUACCGUUGAUGGGACACAUUUUGUUACACAACAACAAAAUUAUCUACCUCAAUAUACGGCAAAUUCAUUCUGGCCUCAUUAUGAAUAUGCAAAUCAAUGGCCAAAUAGCUACGGAUUACCUUCCUCAGCAAUGAAUAGCUAUCCUAUAUAUGAUAGUGUACAAGCAAUUACACAACAACAACAAACUGAUUAUGCGGAAGGUUGUCCGGUGAUUAUGAUACCAAAUGAUUUAUCAAGUGAUCCAGAUGUAUUUGUUAAUGAACAACAGCAUGUUGAUUUGCCACAAUUCGGCACUUCUUCACACCUAUAUAACCAAUAUGCAAAUUUAUCAGCACCUGAUCGAAACUCAUAA